AAUGUCCAUUAAUAUUAGUUUUACGCAGUGUAUUGUUAUUUAUGAAAAAAUCAUGACAGGUUAGUGUAAUUUUAUGUACCAAUUUAUAAAAAAAUGAAAUACAAUUUAUAAAAAUGUAUUUAGUUUAUUUAUUCUAGUGUAUCUUAUAUCGUACUUAUUUAAGUAUUUAUUUUGGUGUCUCUUACAUAUUAUUUAUGUGAGUGUAUCGUCCAAAUUCCUUACAUUAAAAAACAAACGAAUAAAGAAUGCAUAGCAAUGCGGCCGAUCUCAUUUGUCUCACACAAAGCUCACACGACAGAACUGUAAAUCACACAUCGCUUUAGAUGGCAUGGAAAAUGUCAGUCCGCUUGGUCUUGUGACACUGACCCAACUCGCUGCUCCAGGCCUCCCAUAGUCAGCUGGUUCGUGGGACAGUUUUGGGCUCAGGGCCAGAAGCGCAGAGUUCACAGACUGCAGAGGAGUUAAAGAAGGAGGAAUAGACUACAAUUCUCGUAACCUGAUACCAGCGAGAGAGAGAGAGAGAGAGAGAGAGAGAGAGAGAGAGAGAGAGAGAGAGAGAGAGAGAGAGAGAGAGAGGCGCGAGCGUCUUUAAACCGCGCAGUGUAACGGAAAAGAGUCUCGUGCUAAGGAAAUGAUUACAGUGGUCUAUUUUAAGAAGGCACCCUAGACAGCCUGGGCAUAGAAAGUGUUUGUAAAAUGUUAAUGCGCGUUAAUUGAGACUAAUAACAAUAUAUAUGUGAACGUCUGAUGGACUCUAUAUUUGUAAAAUGUCAUGAAAUAUGAUUUAUAAGGGGAAAGGAAACAGGAAGCGCUGGUGUACUCGUUGUCAUUGAAACUGCACAUGCGACCUUGAUUCAAGGUCAUUCUACGACGCAGCCUACGCCGCAUUUCAGCUGAGCUGCAUGUUACCGCAUUGUGUCUUUACAGCACAUUUAACUGAUAUGCCAUCAUUUUAACAGUCCUGUCGCAGUUUGGUUGAUGCUUUACAACGCCUUGUCUUUUUGAGAUCUUGCAGGCUUUUGUGUAAAUGUGGUUUAUGACUUUACCACAAAAGGUCACACCUCGGUGCUCUGGUAUGCCUAGAGAGGUCAUGACCCCGGGACAGGUGUGAAGAAGUACGACAAAAUAGCCUCUGAGACAACAGCUGGGAGCUGUCGAGUCUCAGCUGAAUGAUGAUAGGGAUAUUUCCUCAAGAAUUCUGGAGGCAAACAAAGAUAUCAGUGAAAUGCUGUUGGAAGGAGAUGUGGCUUUACCCAGAACAAGGAAUGCCAUGAAAUGUCUAAAUGACUAUUGCAAAUGGCCAAAAUUAUCAUCGGGACAGGUUGAAGUGCCUUACACCAUUGCUGACGUUUUCUAUGAUGAUGAGAAGGCAGUUAUUGUUGGUGCAAUGAAGAGCAUCGCUGAUAAAAGCUGUGUUCGUUUUGUGCCGCGAACAAAUCAGAUCGACUACCUCAGUAUUGAGAAUCUAAUAGGGUGCUGGUCUGGUGUAGGACGAUCUGGAGGUAAACAGCAGGUGUCACUGUCAGUGAGUGGUUGUGUUAAUCAUGGGAUAGUUGAACAUGAGCUUCUUCAUGCUCUGGGAUUCCACCACGAGCACACUAGGAGCGACAGGGACCAGUAUGUCCGGAUCAACUGGGAAAACAUUCCCAAAGAAUCUGCAUACAACUUUCAAAAGAAGGACACAAAUAAUCUGAAUACCCCUUAUGACUACACCUCCAUCUUGCAUUAUGGAAGGACGGCCUUUGCCAUACAGUAUGGGAAGGAAACCAUCACUCCCAUUCCUGAUUCGACAGUGAAGAUAGGACAGAGACAGAAAAUGUCUAACAUUGACAUUCAGAGAAUUAACAAGUUCUAUGAAUGUGCUGUAUAAAGUUGAUUGAAUUGCAGUAAAAUACAGACUGUGACCGAAAUCAAGGAGUUACUAGCAUCACGUAACCAAAGUAUCUUUAUUCCUUCCUUUGUCUGUAACCUGAUCACAUAAAUGUAACCGACUGCAGUGGUGCAUUUGAAUAAAUCUUGUUAAGUUUGA